AUGGGAGGGGACUUUAACGCUAUCAAACAUUCUAGAGAAAGGAAGGGGAGGAUGGUGGUGCCGAAUCAUUGUGAAAUGGAACUUUUUUCGGAAUUCAUUGAUGAAAGUUCUUUGGUGGAUGUUCCGUGCAAAGGUAAAAAAAUUUCUUGGUUUAGCGGUGACGGAAAAUCCAUGAGUCGUCUAGACCACUUUCUUUUUUCUAGUAGCAUCGUUUCUAAUUGGGGUGUGGUUGGUCAAUUAAUUGGUGAUAGAGACAUCUCAGAUCAUUGCCCGGUUUGGAUUAUGAAGGAUAAAUUGGAUUGGGGACCAAAGCCCUUUAGAUUCAACAAUGAGUGGUUCUCUCUUGAUUCUUUUCUUCCUUUUGUGGAGAAAGAAUGGAAAAGUUUGGUGGUGGGAGGAAGAGGCGAUUUCAUUCUAAAGGAAAAACUCCGAUUAUUAAAAGAUAAACUAAGAAGGUGGAACAAAGAGGUUUUUGGGAAGAUAGAGUUGGAUAUGGAAGAUGGAGUCCGGGACUUGAAUAUUGCCGAUGAAAGGUUAGCUUCUUUUAACGAUGCUUAUUUUGAUGCUAAUCUUGCUUUUAGGAAGGAAUCUAGUGCUAAUUUUUGGAGGAAUUUGAGGCUAAAAGAGAAUAUGCUUCUUCAAAAAUCUAGAGUGAAGUGGAUUAGGGAAGGAUAUUCUUAUAGCGGUUUUUUUCAUAAGAUGAUGAAACAAAGGAGAAGGAUAAAUCAUUUAGGUCCCAUUAUUACCCCGGAUGGGUUGGCGGAGUCGGUUGAAGAUGUUAAAGAGGCGGUAUUUAAUUUUUUUGAGCACAAAUUUUUAGAAACGGAGGAGACUAGGCCGGUUUUGGAUGGUAUUUCGUUUAAUUCUAUCAACGAUUUGGAAGCGGCGGAUCUUGAGAAGCCUUUCUUAGAGGCCGAAAUCAAAGAGGCGGUGUGGGAGUGUGGUGGAGAUAAGAGCCUGGGUCCGGAUGGCUAUUCUUUUGAGUAUUUUGAGUAUUUCUAUGAAGGAAACGCUAUUUCGAAGGCAAUCACCUCUUCUUUUUUGACUUAG